AUUAAUAAACACUCGUCGAGCAACGAAGUAGUACCAACCCAUCCACCUCUUCCCCUUCUUCCUCUCGCUUCCGCCACCAACCCCUUCGCGAACCUUCUAGAACCCCCCAAAACCCUAUCCAUGGCGGCCACCCUCCUCUCCCGGGCCGCUGCCGCCGCCGCCGUCUCCCUCCGCGGCGCCCGCUCGCACCACAUACUGUCCUCCUCCCUCCCCAAGGAAACCCUCCUUCCUCCUCCCCUCCUCAUCCUCCUCGCCACCACCAUCGCCUCGCUCCUCGCGGGGGGAAGAGUCGGAUGGGCGCGCGCCGCCGAGGAGGGCGCCGGGUUCGGGUGCAGGGCGUCGGUGCCGGCGGCGCUGGGGGGCGUCGGUUCGUUCGGGAUCGCGGCGCGCUGCAACGCCACCUCGUCGUCGGCCGUUUCGGAGGCUACCAACGCGCUGCCGAGGACGGAGCCCGUGGUUUCGGCCGAGUGGCUGCACGCCAACCUCAAGGACCCCGAUGUGAAGGUACUUGAUGCCUCUUGGUAUAUGCCUGCCGAACAAAGGAAUCCUCUUCAGGAGUACCAGGUGGCUCAUAUUCCUGGGGCGCUAUUCUUUGAUGUUGAUGGAAUAUCAGACAGAACAUCAAGCUUGCCGCACAUGCUGCCAUCUGAAAAGGCAUUUUCUGCUGCUGUAUCUUCGCUUGGAAUAUACAACAAAGAUGGGAUAGUAGUUUAUGAUGGAAAGGGACUAUUUAGCGCUGCUCGUGUUUGGUGGAUGUUUCGUGUUUUCGGACAUGAUAAAGUUUGGGUGUUGGAUGGUGGUUUGCCCCAAUGGCGUGCUUCUGGGUAUGAUGUUGAAUCAAGUGCCUCUAGUGAUGCCAUCUUAAAAGCCAGUGCUGCUCGUGAAGCAAUUGAGAAAGUUUAUCAGGGGCAGUUGGUUGGUCCCUCCACAUUUGAAGCAAAGUUGCAGCCUCAUCUUAUUUGGAAUCUUGACCAGGUAAAAGAGAACAUUGAUGCCAAGACACAUCAACUUAUAGAUGCUCGAGGAAAGCCUAGAUUUGAUGGUGCAGUUCCAGAGCCACGGAAAGGAAUAAGAAGUGGGCAUGUGCCUGGGAGCAAAUGUGUUCCUUUCCCUCAGUUGCUUGACAGUUCGCAAAAGCUAUUACCUCCAGAAGAGCUCCGUAAACGAUUUGAACAAGAAGGUAUAUCGCUUGAUCAACCCCUGGUGUCCUCAUGUGGUACUGGUGUGACAGCAUGUAUAUUAGCUCUGGGCCUCCACCGCCUUGGCAAAACCGACGUUCCUGUAUAUGAUGGAUCAUGGACUGAAUGGGGAGCCCAUCCUGACACUCCAGUUGCCACUGCUGCUUAAUUAGUACCAGUUACAAUCUAUUGGAGAACUCUUGAUUAUACUUCCCCUGUACCGUGAAUGGUCCAAUGGAAGGAAGAAAGCAAAGGAGAUUGGAGAGGUCGGCUGGGCGUAGGUUGGGGGGAAGGGACGCCAUUAGACCGGCCUUUUCGUUGUAAAUGGUUUUGAAAAUAGACAUACACUGUGAAUUAUUAUGAGCUGUUGAUCUACCUUUCUGAAGUCCCUUUUAUAUGAUGGCUUGGGGCAAUAAUAAAUGAGAACACUAAUUAUUAUGCUGAAAGUGUCAAUAGCUGUAUCCCUUU